UUUGCCAAAUCCUCUCUCUCUCUUCCAUGUGACACACUUCGCUUGGCUUCUUCUUUCCUAUCUCCGUACGUCAAAGUUUCUUCUGCUACUGUUUCUUGGAGAUUUUAUCAACUGGGUUUCUUUAGUUUCACCAAAGCUUCUGCCUUUAAGCUUACCCUGUUCAGUCCUGCCCUGUCUCCAAGUUUUAACACUAUUGUCUGAAUCACCAAAGAGGAUGGAAGCUUCUACUGGAAAAUUACCCAAGAGUAAUGCCGAUUCAGCUGAUCAGAACCAUAGCCCUAAUUUUCGUGUAGAGGUAAACAACAUUGAGAAGCAGCUAUGGACAUUAAUCCAUUCAAAGGGUAUAUUGCAUCCUGAUGCUUCAGAAUUAUACACGAAAGCAGGUUCGACCUACGAGCAAAUCUUUAAAAGCAAUCUCCAACACGAAGAGCUUCAAGAAGUAGAGUUCUGUCUCUGGAAACUCCACUAUAAACACAUCGAUGAGUUUCGUAAAGGCCUUAAAACAGAUGAUCAUGUCAAGCAUAUUAAAGCAUUCAAGUUGUUUCUGUCAAGAGCGGCUGAGUUUUACCAGAAUCUGAUUUCCAAAGUCAGAGGGUAUUACAAUAGAGUCUCCGAGGAAUCUGGAGAACAAAAAAGCAGAUUCUUAUGCCAUCGUUUCUAUAUUUGUCUUGGAGAUCUCCAAAGGUAUAAAGAACAAUAUCUGAAAACACAUGAGCAUCCUAAUUGGUCAACUGCAGCUACAUACUAUCUUGAAGCUGCAACAUCUUGGCCUGAUAGUGGAAAUCCCCAUAACCAGUUAGCUGUAUUGGCGACAUAUGUUGGUGAUGAGUUCUUGGCUCUGUAUCACUGUGUACGAAGCUUAGCCGUGAAAGAACCUUUUCAGGGUGCUUUGAACAAUCUUCUUUUGUUGUUUGAGAAGAACAGGUCUUCUCCUUUGAAGUCUCUGUCUACUGAUGCACAGUUUAACUUCUUAAACCCAUCAGAGAGAAAUGUUUCUGUGAACGAUUUGUCAAAAGAGAAAGGAGAACUAGUAACUGGAAUUGCUUUAUGGCCCCUGGUUGUUCGAACAACUAGCUUUUUUUUCCUUAAAUCCAGUUUUGAUGAGUUUGGCCGUGCAUUUGCUUCAACUAUAAGAGAGCUGGAUGCAGCGUUUGCAGCAGAUGAUAGAAAUCUAGAAGCCAUAUUGGAGUCUUAUCAAUUUAUGGACACAGCGGCGAGAAAGGGACCUUAUAAAAUUCUCCAACUUGUUGUGGUUUUCAUCUUCAUCUUCCACAAUAUCGCCGAGGUUAAUGGUACAGACAGCAUGAUAGGGGAAGACAAACUAAAUUUAGCAUUAACUAUGGUGUUCAUCAUCAUGGGCCGAGUUGUUGGGAGAUGUUUGAAGACGAGCCCCUUGGAUUCUUGCCCUCUCUUACCUGCUCUACUUGUAUUUCUAGACUACUUACCGUUUCUGCUUCACGAGGAAGAAUGCAGGUUUGAUGAGAAGAGCGAGAGUGCAAUAUCUUACUUCUUUGGCAAACUCGUUGAUUUCUUGAACCGGUUAAAAGUAAAAGGCAAAAACUGCUCUGCUAAAGUGUUGGUCGCUCUCUGGGAAGAUCAUGAACUGAAGUAUUUGGCUCCUCUGGCUCCCAGACAUGUACUUUUGGAUUUCUCAAGUCAUGUGGAUCUACAAGAGAGUUUUGAUAGAGGGAAGGAGCUCCGUCUCCAACGGAUUAUUAAUUCCGCAAUUGAGAUUACAAGUAGGCAGAAGAAGGCUUCUCAAAAGUGGCUAUUCUUUGACAAGCAAAGGACUCAAUUCUACACAACUUCUGGUGAAUUGCAAUGCAAAGAAGAGCUCUUUCAUGGAAAUAGAGAGGGUAGCAACAGAAAAUGUGUUACCAUAGGACCAGUUGAAAUCAUUCCUUUUGAAAAGGAAAGAUCUAUACCUGCAGAAGAGGAAGAAGUCAUUCUUCUCAAGCCGCUCGUAAGGUGUCAAUCUGCUCCAAUCUAUUCGUCUGGCAUUGAAACAAAGCCACUCAGCUCCGAUAGCACAACUUCAGGAAAUCAAACAACUACAUCCGAUGAAAACCUAAGACGUACCUUAUCACUUGUUGUGAACCAUAGCUCACAGGAUACUGGCUCUGAAAGCUUCAGCUUUACGCAAGGCCUUAAGAACACAGAUCCACAACAUUUGCAUCUAGAAGAAGGUACCAUCUCAGGAAGACCUCCAUCGCUGAGCGCGUGGGUUGUUGACAAGAACAAAGAAAAUGGACGACCCAGUUUAGGUAAACCAAACGGAUUGGGCCCUAUUGAUGAAACAGGUCCUGUCUCAACCUUUGAUAGUCUCUCCAUCAGUAGCAGCACCGAGCAUCCUGCGUCUUCCUAUUCACCUCCUACUCCAUCUGCUCCAUUACUGCCUGAGGAUGCUUCUUGGCUUCAUAAUGACGCUAGUACUAAUAAAGCAGAGAGCUUCUAUGACCAGAAAACAUAUAUGGAACUACCCGGUGUUAUGAAGCCAUACACUAAUCCACCAUUUGUUGGGAUUUCUUCUUCAGAAUGGUUACGUCGGUACAGAGAAAGUCGGAAUCUUGGACCAGCCUAUUCCUAUCAAGCACAAGGGACAAACAAUUUGAGAAACUUCUUGGCUCAUGGGUCUUCCAAGAUCAGUCUCUUAGCUAAGUACGGGACACCAAACGAACAACCGACGAUCUGUGCUGAAAACCCAAUGAUUUACACUCAGCUCUACAUGGAAGAAAAUGGAUCUAGAGGAGAGAAGCUCUACAACGGUCAACAAGGAACAACAAAUGCUUAUGGCUUCAGUGAUGAUCCCGGACCGUUUCUUCGAUUUCUGAGAGAGAAAGAGUGGCUGAAUGAGAAUAGUCAGAGGUUAAGAGGACCUUCUCCUGCACAUAUGAACAACUAAAGAUGCACGAGUGAACAAGAAACUGUCUCAAGUUGGUGAGUUGUGACAACCUGUAGUCAAUGUUUUGUCGCUCAAUUUUUCAAGAGAAUGGAAACCUAUAUUAAGAGAAGGAUUUGUUGUACAUUAAAAAAAAACAAAGAAAGGAAACUUCAAAAGUUUUAAAAAUCCAUCAAGUUA